CCCGCGCCGCGCUCAGCUCCGGGAUCGGGCCACCCACGGGGCGGUGGGUGCUCGUCUUCCCCAGCUCUGCGAAGCCCCGGGGGCAAAUCCACCUGGGAGCCUGGCAGUCCGCGCCCCAGGGAGCCGACGGCGGGGGCGGGCGACUGCUCGGUGGCGGAGAGUGGCGUCCGGCGGCGAGUUUCCCAAGAGCGCUGAACCCAUCCCGAGCCUCCUGUGCAUCAGCUCGCACCCCGCGCGGCGGCGGCCGGCUCUUUCCGGCGGGCUGUCUUUGCGCGCGGUGGGGCUUGGAGUGGUUCUCCCGGGCGCAGCGCGGUGCGCGCAGUUUUGGAGAGCAAGGCGGACUAGCUGGGUGCUAUUCCCCGCGGGCCUGACCCCCGAGCCUCCGCCAUGGACAGCGAAAGCGAAGUGGACUUUUCGAGCAGCAGCUUAACCCCUUUGUGGCGGAGGCGGUCGACCCCUCAACCCCCGUUGCUGGCCCGGAGCAAGCAGAGGCCCCAGUCCUACCAGAGCCCCAGCGGGUUGCUGAUCACCGAUUUCCGGGUGGAGGACCGAGGCGCGCCCCCGAGGCCGCAGACUCCCCCGCAGCUGCCCACCGCUUCCGACGGCAGCGCGGUCCAGAGGAGCCCCCAGCUGCUGUGCCUGCAUCGCAGGGAGGUGACCAAUGGGAGCUUGGUGUCCCCGGAUUACGGGGCUGUUUCUCCCAGGCUCCGACGGCCCAAGUCUCCCCAGGUCCCCAGAGCGGUUCCAGGCGCCCCCUCGAAUGGCACGGUAACCUCGCCUGCGCAGCAGCCGUGUUGCCCCCCGCGGACUCCACCGGCAUCGGCUCCUAGCGGCCCUGAGGGGGACCCCACGCGGGUGACUGUCAGCCUCCAGUCUACGCCCGCGGCGAACGGCCUGAACCCCAGUCCCUACGCCCCGGUCUCGGCUUUGCAAUCCGGCCAGACAGCUAAAGAUCCUGAGCGGGCGCUCUCGAGACUGUCUCCUGCACCGCAGAAAAAAUCUUCGGAACAAAAACUGCCCCUCCAAAGGUUACCCUCCCAGGAGAGCCAGGUCCCAGACACCCCCUCCGUGGUCCUGAGCACGCAUAGCCUCGCCGCCCUCAAGAUGGGGAAGCAGCAAAUCAUUCCCAAGGGCCUGGCUUCGGAAAUUAAAUUAAGUAAAAACAGUCAGAAUUCGGAGCCCCACAAGAGACUGCACAAGGCGCGCAGCAUGGUGGAAGGCCUCGGGGUGCCCCUGGGCUCACCGGAGGACGAAGGCGAGGCAGACAACGAGGUGGACAGCCCCGGCUCUCUGCGCAGAGGCUUGCGUUCUACGUCCUAUCGCAGGGCAGUGGUCAGUGGCUUUGAUUUUGACAGCCCUACCACCUCCAAGAAGAAGAACAGAAUGUCGCAGCCUAUUCUGAAAGUAGUGAUGGAAGACAGGGAGAAGUUCUCCAGCCUGGGUAGAUUAAAGAAAAAAAUGCUGAAAGAACAAGGAACAUUUGAUGGGGAAGAAAAUGCUGUCUUGUAUCAGAACUACAAAGAAAAGGCCCUUGACAUUGACUCUGAUGAAGAGUCAGAACCCAAGGAGCAGAAGUCAGAUGAAAAAAUAGUGAUUCACCAUAAGCCACUGAGAUCCACAUGGAGUCAGCUCUCUGCAGUGAAAAAAAAUGGAUUAUCUCAGACAGUUAGCCAAGAGGAAAGAAAGAGACAAGAGGCUAUCUUUGAAGUCAUAUCCUCUGAGCAUUCAUAUUUACUCAGCUUGGAGAUCUUGAUACGAAUGUUUAAAAAUUCUAAAGAACUGAGUGAUACAAUGACCAAAACAGAGAGUCACCAUCUUUUCUCCAAUAUUACCGAUGUCUGUGAGGCAAGCAAAAAAUUCUUUACAGAGUUGGAAGCGAGACAUCAGAAUAAUAUCUUCAUAGAUGACAUAAGUGACAUUGUGGAAAAACACACAGCAUCCACAUUUGACCCGUAUGUGAAGUACUGCACAAACGAAGUCUACCAACAACGAACACUACAAAAAUUGUUAGCCACCAAUCCAUCUUUUAAGGACGUCUUAUCCCGAAUCGAGUCCCACGAAGACUGUAGGAACUUACCCAUGAUUUCUUUUCUCAUUCUCCCCAUGCAGAGGGUGACCCGCCUUCCCCUGCUGAUGGACACUAUCUGUCAAAAAACACCCAAGGACUCUCCAAAGUAUGAAGUCUGCAAACGGGCCUUGAAAGAAGUAAGCAAGCUGGUUCGACUGUGCAAUGAAGGGGCCCGAAAAAUGGAAAGGACCGAAAUGAUGUACACAAUUAACUCCCAGCUGGAAUUUAAAAUUAAGCCUUUUCCUCUAGUCUCCUCUUCGCGGUGGUUGGUAAAGAGAGGGGAGCUAACGGCCUAUGUGGAAGAUAUGGUCCUAUUCUCAAGAAGGAUGUCCAAGCAGCAAGUCUACUUCUUUCUCUUUAAUGAUGUGCUCAUUAUUACAAAGAAGAAGAGUGAAGAAAGUUACAACGUCAAUGAUUAUUCCUUAAGAGAUCAGCUAUUGGUGGAAUCUUGUGACAAUGAAGAACUCACUUCUUCUCCAGGGAAGAACAGCUCCACGAUGCUUUACUCCAGGCAGAGCUCUGCCAACCACCUCUUCAUUCUGACGGUCCUGAGUAACCAUGCCAACGACAAAGUGGAGAUGCUGCUUGGGGCUGAGACGCAGAGCGAGCGUGCCCGCUGGAUCACCGCCCUGGGACACAGCAGUGGGAAGCAGCCGCCAGAGCGAACCUCAUUGACCCAGGUAGAAAUCAUUAGAUCUUUUACUGCCAAGCAGCCAGACGAACUCUCCCUGCAGGUAGCAGAUGUGGUCCUCAUCUAUCAACGUGUCAGCGACGGCUGGUAUGAAGGGGAGCGACUACGAGAUGGAGAAAGGGGCUGGUUUCCUAUGGAAUGUGCCAAGGAAAUAACAUGUCAAGCUACAAUUGAUAAGAAUGUGGAGAGAAUGGGACGUUUGCUAGGACUGGAGACUAACGUGUAGCCUUUCUGAUGGCCUCUUAUUACUGCGAGAUUUGCACUACGUCAUGGUGGACUGGUUGGUUCUGGGCUGGUUUUGUCUUAUUUUUAACACAGCCGAUUUAUUUACAGGAAUGAAAACACUUGCCUUAAGCUUGCCAGGUGGUUAUGCUCUCUCAGGAGAACUACUACUAGAUUCAGUUCACAAAACUCAGUUUGUAAACAAUGAUCCACUUACAAACCUUUUCAGGUUCACAGAAUAGCGAAGCCAUUCACUUCAGAGAUCAGACUACGAUUAUGCUCUUGGUGCCGCCAUGUUCUGGCAUAAACAGUGAUGAUGUCUGUGACUUGGUUUUCUCCGUCUUUACUUAACCAAGAGCUUUGCUGUCUCUUACAUCUUCUUUCUAUGGUUCUCCCAGUAUUAGCAAGGGUUCAUGUCCUGAAGGAAUACCCAGUUUUGUAAAUAUUUUUCCUGCCUCUUAAAAUUUAGAUCUGAUUCUAAUGCUCUGUUGUUUUUGAAAGGAACUGGUAGAAUUCAGAAGGUGAGCUGGUCAGUUUUUCUAAGCCUCUUCCCAGGAAAGGGAUAUUGACACUUGAAUAUUUACCACUUCCAUCCUCGUUAGAAGGAAAUUAAAGAGACUUACAGGUUUUGUUUUAAAUACCUCUCACUCAAUAUUGGUCUUACAGCCUAAUAAAAACUAAGCUAGUCAGCUACUUUAAGUGACAUGGUUCACAUAUUUGAAAAUAUCCUAAAUAUAGGCAUACUUUUUUUUAUAUUCCCAAAUGAACUGAUAGACUGACGUGAGGCUGCUCUGCCUUCAAUGAUGAAAGGUUUUGACUCUUCCUACUCCCAUUUCCAAAUAAGAAAUUGGCUGCAAAACCCUUUAAAACUCUGAAAGAUAAAAUUAGUGCCUAGCAGUUAUUAAAGAAGCUAAUAUGGUACCUAAUUGAAACAACAUUUUGACCUACGUGGAAACUCUUUGAUUUGCACGAAAGCCUUGCUUGCUGGAUUUGGAGCCUCUUUCAUACUUAGUCUCUAUUGACCAUCAUUUUGAUAGUACAUUUCAUGAAGAGGAAAGGAGGCCUUGGAAUCGAGAGGGAGGAAGUGAUUGUACUGGCAGCUAUGUUUCCUCGACACUCCAUUCUCUUCCAAAAAGGGAUUAAACCUAGCAAAGGCUAUAUUAGUCAAGGACUCGGAUCUAUGAGACAUUCCCAGCUACUGUGACCCCAAAUCGUGAGCAAAGCUACAGAAAUCUAGUGCAGGAGGUGAGUGUGCUUGGCUCAAGGCCCUGCGCCCUGCCACCGAAGCACUGAGCCGCCACACAGCACCUGCACCUGCCAGCCCCUGCGUUGCUCUCUUGUACCUAUGCGUACAUUUCCAGUGUAGCAGACACAGCAGGCCCUGAGUCAUUCUGUCUGAAGUAAUAGCAGUGGAGCGGAGCAAGAGAAGUUUCAACCUCUUUAAUGUCAUGGAUUUUUUAGUGGAGAGGCUAACAAUGUUGUGAUCUAAUCUAAUGCCAUGUUUUCAUUAAGGAAAGGGAAAUGUGUUGCUAGAAAAGGGAAAAUUUGGUAUUAUUUUUACUAAUACUCAGUUGAAGCUAAAAAGCAACUAUACAAAUUCUUUAAAUUCAUCUGAGUAGAGAUGUUAAACAGUUUUGGAAAUAGGUGCAUCAUAUAAAACCAAAACUUUAUUUAGCACACAGGUUAGUACUAUUUUUAAAUAGUGUUUUACAGCAGGUGUUUAACACUCACAAUGUUUAAUUUCAUCCAUGUAUUGUUUUUAUAUGACACAGGAUUGUUUUCAAACCUAGUGGGGUUUCCAUUAAGUUUCUCUGAAUUGUACAAUGACUCUAUUCAUUGACCUGUGACCUGUGGAAAAAUAUUCAUUUUUGUCCCUAUGAAUUGAGACUGAUUGUACACUUUUGGUGAAAUAUGUGAAUUUAUAAAGAUUUUGUAUAGACUUGUUCUCUCGUGCUGGUGUGAUUAAUUUACUGUACAAGGUAUUCACUUAAGUUUAUAGCUCAAGUUUUGGCCAAAAGGUAUCUUUAAGUCAGAUCUGAUUUUCAAACUUCUUUGCCAGCUCUGGACUGUGAGUGGACUCCUAAUCCUGUGUUCUUCUCAUGGAUGGCCAUAAAAAUAAAGCCAGCCUCAGUCAUUAAGGCUCCUGAUAUGUUGUACAUAAAUGUCUUUUUAGAUACCUGGUUGGUAUUUCCUCACUGAAAAUGUCUUUUGUUUGUACACUGCAGUGCUUGGGGUUACCGAAGCCAUAACCCAUAGCCUGUCAUCUUCCAGAUUAGGGGACCAGCCAGACUAUGCCCUAUUGCAGUCUGGUUUGCUCCUGUUGUUCUGAACUAAUGACUGGUUUGUCAAAGAAGUCAUAUGCAUUUUUGAUUGAAAAACAGAGGAAAAAAAAAAAGAAAAAAAAAGUCAUGAGUUUUCCAAUAACCCAAUAUUAAGAACGCUGUUUUCACUACCAAGUUCUCUUAAUUUUCACUGCCCUCUUUUCCUUAACCUACAAAUCAUCUCAAACAGCUUGGUAUUGGGGUAUCUACAGCUAAGACUGAAGGAUUCUAAUCUUUCAUUUCGCAUAACUUGCCCUAAAAGGCUGGAGCACAUUUAAGAGUUGAGCCAUGCUAUUUCUUCUCAGUUUUCACAGAACUGCAUCAUUGAAUUAGUUUAUCUUAAAAAGGUCAGUUCCCGGGCCUCCCUGGUGGCGCAGCAGUUGAGCACUGGGCUGCGAAGCUGCCCACAGCCUCUGUGCCUGUUCGAUCCCCGGCCAC